AUGGAGGAGCUCAAAAUUACCAAUAUCGACGUCUUCCAGGUCGAUCUCCCCUACGCCGGAGGUGUUUAUCGCCUUUCCGGCGGCCGCGAAUACACCAGCUUCGAUGCCACCAUCGUGCGCAUAACCACGCACGACGGGACCGAAGGAUGGGGAGAAAGUACACCCUUUGGCUCGACCUACGUGGCCUCGCACCCCCUGGGCGUUCGCGCUGCGAUCGCUCACAUGGCCCCCAGCCUUAUCGGUCUCGAUCCUCGACGGGUCGAUCGCAUCAACGAAACGAUGGAUUCCGUUUUGCUGGGCCAUGAGGACGCCAAAACUGCUCUCGACAUCGCAUGCUGGGAUAUUCUCGGCAAGUCCGUCGGUUUGCCCGUCUGUGAGCUCCUAGGCGGCCGUACUGCCGUGAAGAUGCCGGUCAUUUCGUCCAUCCCCGUGGCGGCCCCUCAGGAGAUGCGACAGAAUGUUGCUGAGCACCGGAGGAGGGGAUACAAGGGCCAUUCGAUCAAGAUCGAUGGCGACCCGGCGGCGGAUGCAGCGCGCAUCGCCGCCUCGCUGGCAGACAAACAGCCAGGCGAGUUCUUCCUAGUGGAUGCCAAUGGUGGGAUGCGUGUUGAGAUUGCCCUGCGAAUGCUUCGCCUACUUCCAACCGGGUUAGACUUUGUCCUGGAGGCGCCGUGCCCUACGUGGAGAGAAUGUAUCUCCCUGCGGCGCCGGACAGAUGUACCCAUUAUUUUCGACGAGCUGGCGACCAACGAGGCGUCCAUUGUGCAGGUGAUCGCCGACGACGCCGCCGAGGGCAUUGGCCUGAAGAUUUCGAAGGCUGGCGGUCUCACGCGAGGCCGGCGGCAGCGUGAUAUCUGCCUGGCCGCCGGCUAUACAAUAAGCGUGCAGGAUACAACGGGCUCGGAUAUCGCCUUUGCGGCCAUUGUGCAUCUUGGUCAGACCAUUCCAGAGCGAAGUUUACGCUGCCUGCUUGAGACCCGCGAUAUGGUGACCAAGAAGACGGCGGAUGGGGAGUUCACCGUUCAAGACGGGGGCGUUUCAGCACCCACUGCGCCUGGCCUGGGAAUCACUCCUCGAAUGGAUGUCUUGGGGCAGCCGGUGGCCCGGUACUCCUAG